AUGGACAUCGAGGAGAGGCCUUCUCAAACUAUACGUGAACGAAAUACGCCCCGGGCAACAUGGAAACCACUCUCUUUGCACCCUGCCCUAGUGUCGUUGAUGAUCGCUUUCACUUUGUUCAUCAUCGUAAUAUUGAUUAUGCUGCAACUGAAGAGUAACAAUGACGGGGGCAUACUUUUCUCGAAUGAUGUCACUAAUUUCCCUGUCGGACUCAACUUUCUCUAUCUAUACCUCCCAACGAUCAUCGCCGUGAUAUAUACCACACUCUGGAACUGGGUUGACCUCAAUGCAAAAACACUGGAACCGUGGUAUCAGCUGUCAAAAGAAUCGGGAUCUUUAGGCAAGAACUCUAUCAUGCUCCAAUACCCGGCGGAAUUCCUUGCGUCAGUACCUAUUGGGUCAAUGAGACGGAGACAUUGGGUGGUUUUCUGCACAUCCACUAUUUUGGUUGUUCUUUUCUGGGCGGUUACACCUGUUCAAAGUGGCAUUUUUGCUGUCAAGUCUGUCCGAAAGUCACAAAUUCAGCCAGUCAUGGCUUCGCCAGGGUUGCUUUCUCCCGAAGAACAAUCACGCGCAUUGACAAUGAAUUUCAUAAACCAGGGCUAUAGCGUGGCAUGGUAUGGCGAAAAACUCCCUGCUUUUACCACUAGGACGUAUGCUCUCCUCCCGUUUCUCCCUGCUGGCGAUGACUUAUCCGGGUCAAAUCAGACAUGGACAGGGAAUACUAUCUUAUACGACACAUACCUCGAUUGUCGGCCUCCUGUCUCUGUCACAGAUGACGAGGAUUGGUUGACCUUUGAUGAUGGGCAAGGCUGCAUUGCUCGGGAGAUUAUCUUGUCUGCCGAAGAUUAUGGCAGGCAGAAUAUAAGUGCUUAUUAUAUAGGUUACGAUGGAGAUGGUGGAACCGGCGGUGGUGUUUCAUUGAGAGGGGCCGGCUGCAAUUCCAGCUCGCUGCAUACUUUCCUCGCCGUGUGGAGUCGAACUUCAACGACACCAAAUUUCCGAAAUUCAUCAUCAUUCACAGCUUUGUUCUGUUCGACAAAAUAUUACCACCAGAGCGUAGAGGCGACAGUGCGCCUUUCGGAUCAUUCCGUUCAAAGCUUCCGUUCGCUCGCAGGAAAGGAGGAACUCUCGGAAGAUACGUUCAACUAUACCUACUUUGAACAGCUUAUUGUUACGCAGAACCUCCCCCAGAAGCCAGCGACGAGCAUAAUAGCACAGGAGGCCAUAACUGAUAGGCAGGAAUUAUCGGACGAAACAGCAUUCCAGCACCAGACUCUCCUGGACGACAGCGAUAUUCUUGGGUCAUCUGUCAUGAUUCCGUUUGCAUUAGGAAUGACAAACUCAUCUACUGAGGAACUGUUGCAGCCCUCAAUCCUCCACCAUGCAUUUGAAGCUGCUCAUCAAUUGCUCUUUGCUUUGGCAAUACAGUCCGUCAUGCGGGAUCCGUCGAACGCCCUCGGAAAUAUCUCAGGCAUUGUGGAAUCAUCGUUUGGAGCAGUGGUUAUGGUUCCACUUUUCACAUACCUAGCUAUUGGGUUCCUCUCGGUGGUUGUAAUAUUAUCCCUAUGGAUGCUCUAUGGCAACAGGAAUCGUGCUCUGAACCUCCAGGCUGGACCAGAUUCUAUUGCCUCUGUUAUUUCAGUCACUCACCAGCAAGAGGCACUGAAAUACUUCCGUGAUUCCGAUACAGACAAAAUCGAGAAAUUGACGAGGCCUGAAGAUAUUACCUUCAAAUUGAAGAUGAAAGGACAGGGGAGUCAACUCAUGGUAGCGACAUUGGCAGAGGUGGACGAGGAUUGUCCUCUCAAUUCCAGAAACACAAACAAUACUCAGCCCUGGCCGUGGGAGCUGAGGCCGCUAGGCUGCUGUUUUCUCAUAUCUGUUCUAACAGCGAGCAUAGUUGCAAUUAUAGUUAUAAAUGUACUGAUUGAGAGACAGAACGGUCUUCCGAUGCCUUCUCAAAGCGCUAUUGUUCAGCAGAUCGUGCUCAAUCUUCUCCCUACGGCCCUGGGCACCAUAUUGGAACCAUUUUGGACCGUUUUGAACAGGCUAUUGUGCAUUUUACAGCCAUUCUUUGAACUGUCAAAGGGCACAGCAAUGGCUUCGAAGUCUCUUUUGCUUGAAUAUACCUCGGUUCCUCCGCAGCUAGUUUUCCUCCGGGCUCUCAGAGCAAAGCAUUGGCUGCUGGCUACAGUCUGCGCCGUUACAGUUUCUGCGACUGUCCUAACUGUCGGUCUCAGUGGCCUUCUUGAAACGAGAAUUGUGAACCAGCAGAUUCCGAUCCGAUAUAAUUCCUUAUUCUCUCCAAAGAUAGAACCGCCAGAUUCGACGUCAGGACCUACAGGCCAAUAUGGCCAGCCAUUACAGAUCGUGCUCACAAACUUUUCAGCCGAUAUAUCCCUGCCACCGUGGACCACACCUAAAUAUUAUUUCAUACCGUACACGAUUCCUGAAGACGGAAACCAUCAAGAUACGUCUUAUACUCUUACAACAAUGGGAAUAGGCUCAGAGCUAGACUGCCAGGAGCUGAAAGAAUCGGGCUCAGAUUUAUUGUAUCGAUUUACGCUUAAUGAUUUCGCUACAGAAGCCAAUUUCACCGUCACCGAAAGGUUACCAAACGGAAGUACUGUCCGCUGCUUUUCACCAAACGGCGAAAUAGGCGACAAUGCUACAGCCCCCGCUGAAACGACACAAGUUUAUCUUCUGGGUUCACCAGAAGGCAAAAAGGGGCUCGAACUUUUCAUGCAGCCCAUUCCCAGCUAUGUUUCAGGCACAGAGGAGGAAAAUUACGCCUGUCCGCGAAUGUUUGUGGCUGGUUGGGUGAAGUCUGCUAUAUCACUCGGGUCAAAGAGUUCUCAGACCAUAUAUGGCCCAGCGAGAGAAAUGACGAGUUUGUCGGUCAGUUCAACAUUCAUGAUGUGCAAGCCUCGGUUCCAAGCCGCAAAUUUCAGCGUUACCGUCGACCACGAAGGCUAUGUCCUCGACUACACAAGAAUCAGCCCGCUUACUCAGGAUGUAGACCAGCUUCUAGCUUGGAGUAUCUGGAACGCCACGGCAUUUUUGGUAGGAGCAAUGCCUAACCCUCCCACAUGGCAUAAUGAUACGGUGGCCAAUGACUGGUUCAAUCUCCUUUUAAAAAGCUAUUACAAUUCGACAACGAUCCUCGAUCCUCGAUACCCGCUGCCAGACUUCCCGACCAUGGCCAAUCUAGUGAGCAGCGUCUACCAGGAGCUUUUCGCUGUGACCUUACAAUCCAAUCAAAAAUGGCUCGAGACGUCAACCACGGCAUCAGUAACCGGGGCAAAAAUAGCACCAGCAUCGAGGAUCUUCUUUUCUAGUACGAUGUUCAAGAUUGUCCUGGUGAUCUUGUUAGUGGACCUGGCCGUGGCUAUUUGUGUAUACGCGCGACUGCCAAAACCCUUCCUCCCAACGAUGCCAACGAGUGUCGCAGCCAUACUCUCCUUCGUAUCAGACAGCCACUUGCUGCAAGAUUUCGGCAAAGUCGAGACAAACGGGGAUCGCAUUGACAAAUACCUCGAGGAAAGAGGUCCAGUUUUCGGCUUCGGGAAGUAUAUUGGCACGGAUAGGGAAAUCCAUGUGGGAAUUGACAGUCAACCCUACCUUGUCCCACGCCAUAUUCGUCAAUCCAGGCUGCGAAGACUGACAUCGCAUUUCGAAAAGCAAACCAGCAAGGGCUCUGACCUCAUCUGA